AGCACUCAGCACUCGAGCAUCUCCCAACAGCACUCCAAAUCGCCAAAAUGAUUGCCCCCAAGGUUCUAGCCUUUGCCUCGCUUCUUGCGAGUGCCAUUGCCGGCCCAAUUGCUGCCCCGUCGCCCGCCUCGGAGGCUGAAUUCAACGACAUCGUCAAGCGUGCUGAGGGAAUCCACUUGGUCAACUGCAAGAACGGGGCCACGAACAUCUACUCUGUCGUGGUGUACUGCGCCAACGAUGGCAACUGCAACUUCCCCCCUAGCUCGGGUAACGCCUGCCACCCCACCAGUGGUGUCAUGGCCUGGGAGGGCGGUGGCCAAUCGUGCGGCUUCUCCACGGGCGUGUACUUCUCCUGGAACAUCCAGUCGGAUGCACAGAGCAAGCCUAACUACACCAAGGUUGGCUCCGGCGGUAACGGCUUCCGUGACUAUGAUAUCUACAAGGACGACCAGCACGAAAUGUACUCUGACAGCAACGGCUACAGCUGCAAGAGCAUUUAUUAUGCCAUCUGAGCGUGCGGGGAUGGGGUUCGGCCGAGGUGUCCGGUUUGGGGAAUGGGUGUGCCGCGAGGUUGGCAUUGAUCUCCAUACCUACCUAGGUAUUGUUUUGGAACCUGGAAUAGAGGGCAGAGACGGUCUAUUUGUAUCGUUUUCAUAGUUCCAUCGGGGCACUGUUGCACUGGCGGACUUCAAUGAUAACGCUCGCCCGGGUUUGGGGUACUCAGCCUGAAGCGCGCGCUUAAAGAUGUGGAUUCUCUGCAUGUCCAAGGCCAAUCAACCAACCAUGCGUUCC